GAUACAGGAGACUACCAAUCAAAACUGUGAUAUAUAUUUUGUAAUUUAUUUUUUAAUGUUAAGUUCCAUUUGAGCCAAUUCUCGGGUUUUACUUCAGUUCUUCUUUUUUUGUGUGAAAAAACGGGAAAAUUAUGUUGCAGGGAUGGAGACUAACAGUUUCAAAAAUGUUCCUGAUACCCCAGCGGUACAUCCUAGGCAUCAUGGGCUUCCUUGCCGUUGUAAACGCAUACACUAUGAGGGUCUCUCUUUCCAUAGCCAUAACAGAGAUGGUGGCAUCUUCAAAUGAGACAGACUCAGUGGAUGUGGAUGCUUGUCCGGCGGACAACUCGAGCAGCUCCUCUGGAUCAGUAACGGACUCCAACAUCCUGUAUGACUGGGACGAGACAACUCAGGGAUUAAUACUUAGUUCAUUCUACUGGGGUUACGUUAUAACUCAUUUACCUGGGGGUAUUUUGGCCGAAAAAUUUGGAGGUAAAUACUCCCUAGGCUUGGGGAUCCUCUCCACAGCAAUUUUCACCCUCGUCACCCCCUGGGUCAUUUACAGCACCGACGGUGACUGGAGGAUCCUGGUACUCCUCAGGGUACUGGAAGGAUUAGGAGAGGGAACUACUUACCCUGCAUUGAAUGCGAUGCUAGCCAAAUGGGUGCCGCUAGGAGAGAGGGCCAAAAUCGGUACCUUGGUGUACGCCGGUGGACAAAUUGGUACCAUCGUCAGUAACAGUAUUAGCGGAGCUUUGAUCACCGCUACGAAAGACUGGGCUUCUGUGUUCUACCUAUUCGGAGGACUUGGAAUGCUGUGGUUCGUUAUUUGGGCCCUGAUUUGUUACUCAGAUCCAGAAAGUCAUCCUUUCAUUAGCGACAAGGAAAAGAUCUACCUUAGAAAAGAAUUAGAGAACGUCUCCAGUGAGAAAAAAACGAUUCCAUGGCGCCCAAUCCUGACUUCCGUACCCCUCUGGGCCCUGAUAGCAGCCCAGAUCGGCCACGACUGGGGUUUCUUCACCAUGGUGACAGAUCUACCGAAAUACAUGAGCGACGUAUUAAAGUUUAACGUCAAGGAAAAUGGUUUAUGGUCUUCAGUUCCCUACAUAGUGAUGUGGCUGGUUUCUAUGAGCUCCGGAUGGUUGUGCGACUGGUUGAUCAACAAAGGGUACAUGGGCAUAACUUUCGCGAGAAAGUUCUUCACCACCAUUGCUUCUCUCGGACCUGCUAUAUUCAUUAUGGUGGCUUCCUACUCCGGAUGCGACAAAUACCUCACGGUGGGAAUGUUCACCGUCGCCAUGGGCUUUAUGGGCACAUUUUACUGCGGUAUGAAGGUCAACGCUUUGGAUUUAUCCCCCAACUACGCUGGUACCUUGAUGGCACUGGUCAAUGGAAUUGGCGCAAUCACUGGUAUCAUCACUCCUUAUCUGGUUGGUGCCUUAACAGAAAAUCACACUUUGAGCGAAUGGAGGAUAGUGUUUUGGAUCUCCUUCGGAGUUUUCAACGUGACGAAUCUGAUCUACUGCUUCUUCGGCAGUGCUGAAGAGCAGUGGUGGAACAACCCUAACGCGCUCAAGGACCAAAAAUUAGAAUUAGAAAACGGCGGAAAGGAGAAGUUGAAGGCUGAGAAGAGUUGAAGACUAAUAGUGCGUUUCAGAAUAAUAUUUUCCGUAUGUACGAAAGGACUUAAAUAUCGGAUACUAGUAAGAUAUGACAAUAGUGCCAUUACUGUAAAGUUUUUUAUGUGUAAGACAAUUGGACGGUACUAGUAUUUAGGUAUAUAUAUUUUUUGUAGGGAAAUUCGGGAUGAAUUUCUGUUGCUACCCUGUUUUCCAUUGAAAAUAAUAUGAAUUGUUAACUAAAUUAAUAAUUAUUAUUGUAAUUAGUGUAAUUAAGUAUAGUUUCUUAGUGGGACAUUUUUAUUAAAUUCUAAAAUUUGUUUUUUAACUAAUUACUAAAACCCAUCGUUUUGUUUUUUUUUUACUUUUCUAAGUACUUUGAGAUGUGCAGAAUACCCAGUAAAAUGAGUAAUUAUUCUAUUGUUGUUAAAUUAUUUAUUAGUACUAAACCCAUUGAA